CCAGGAAAAGACGACAAGGACUCUGACGAGGUAGAGAUUCCAGAAAAUAACGAUUCCAAUGAGCAAGGUCCUGGAAAUAACGAAUCUGAUGAUGAAGGAAAGCCUGGAAACAGCAACUCUGGUGAACAGGGAAAGCCUGGAAACAGCAACUCUGGUGAACAAGGAAAGCCUGGAAAUAGCAACUCUGGUGAACAGGGAAAGCCUGGAAACAGCAACUCUGGUGAACAAGGAAAGCCAGGAAACAGCGAAUCUGGUGAACAAGGAAAGCCUGGAAACAGCAACUCUGGUGAACAGGGAAAGCCAGGAAACAGCGAAUCUGGUGAACAAGGAAAGCCUGGAAACAGCAACUCUGGUGAACAAGGAAAGCCUGGAAAUAGCAACUCUGGUGAACAGGGAAAGCCUGGAAACAGCAACUCUGGUGAACAGGGAAAGCCUGGAAAUAGCAACUCUGGUGAACAGGGAAAGCCAGGAAACAGCGAAUCUGGUGAACAAGGAAAGCCAGGAAACAGCAACUCUGGUGAACAAGGAAAGCCUGGAAACAGCGAGUCUGGUGACGGUCAACAAGGAAAGCCAGGAAACAGCAACUCUGGUGAACAAGGAAAGCCAGGAAACAGCGAAUCUGGUGAACAAGGAAAGCCAGGAAACAGCGAGUCUGGUGACCAAGGCAAACCUGGAAACAGCGAGUCUGGUGACGGUCAACAAGGAAAGCCUGGAAACAACAACUCUGGUGAACAGGGAAAGCCUGGAAACAACAACUCUGGUGAACAGGGAAAGCCUGGAAACAGCAACUCCGGUGAACAGGGAAAGCCUGGAAACAGCAACUCUGGUGAACAGGGAAAGCCUGGAAACAAAAAGUUUGGUAAACAAGGCAAGCAUGGAAAGAACAACUCUGUUGAGCAAGGCCGUCCUGGAAACAACAACUCUGGCGAGCAAGGCCGCCCUGGAAAUAACUCUGGCGAGCAAGAAAAACCAGGAAACAGCGAUUCUGGAGAGCAAGGCCGUCCUGGAAACAACGAAUCCGAUGAACAAGGUGAACAAGGAAAGCCAGGAAACAGCAACUCCGGUGAACAAGGAAAACCUGGAAACGAUAAUUCCGGUGAGCAAGGCGACUCCAGCGAACAAAGCCGCCCUGGAAGUGACAAUGCCGGUGAGCAGGGAAACGAUAGCUCUAACAAUAAAGGACAGAAGGCUAAGAUAGUGGAGCUUUUGAGCCAACUGUUGGAGCAGUUUAAGGCAUAAAAUUGAAAAAACAACGACGUGUCCA